AUGGCAGACAACGACCUGGCUGCCUUCAGGGAGCAUUGGAAACAAGAGUUAACUGGUAAAAAAGAGGACUGCCGUCUUGUUUGUGGUCCUUCCUCCUCCCGGGAUGUUCCUGAUAAGUUACGCUGGAGAGACAGGGAGAAUACCAACGAGCCAGGUGUUUCUGUCAAACCAGAAGAGGACGGCUGCAUAGACGUUGGAGGAAAAGAUAGAAGAGCUGCCAUAGAGACAGAGGACCAGCCUGAGUAUGUGUCCAUUGCGCGUGGCUUGCUGGAUGGGAGGACCAGUCCCCUGUUGGACAGGAUUCAGGAAGAGAGAACCAGGAGAAAGAGGCUGUAUCAAAACCUAACAAGUGUGUGCAGUGCAUCCCUGCAGCAGCAGAAGCAGCCGCAGAGAAAAGUGAGGAGAGACGAGGAGCUGGUGGAUCAACUCAUUCAAGACCUGAAUGAAGUCAAUGACAUUCCCUUCUUUGACAUUGAGUUGCCGUAUGAGUUAGCCCUGAAGAUAUUCCAGUAUCUCAGCUGUGCUGAACUUGGCCGUUGUGCCCAGGUGAGCAGGGCCUGGAGGGUGCUCGCGGAGGACGGCGUUCUGUGGUUCAGAAUGUGCACCAAAGAGGGUUACCACCCGGACGCCCGUGUGUCUGACUCCCCCUGCUGGAAGAGCACCCUGAGAGACGCCAGGAACUCGGCCAAAACCGUGCAAUCCAACUGGAAGAAUCGAGUGGGCUCCAUCAGCCAGCUGCAGUUCGAGUUGGGGAAGGUGCUGUGUGAUGUCAGCUCAUCUGACAGCUUCGUCCUCGCCGGGUACACAUCGGGCGACGUGAGGCUGUGGGACACGCUGCACUGGGACUCCACCUCCUCCUACCUGAGACCCAACGGCCUGUCGGCCAACAGCGACCCCCGGCCGCACGUCAGCCGCGUGCAGGUCAGCGGAGCCGUGGCCGCCGCCGCGUACGAGGACGGUUGUGUUGACCUGUGGAGCACGGAGACGGGUGGAGAGCCCAUCCACCACUACCAGUGCGCGGGGAGGGUCCAGGCUCUGGCCCUGAGCCCCGACGGCCCCGCCCUGGCCUCCGCCGCGGGGUCAGACGUCCGGCUGGACAGCGCGGAGGACUGCGGCUACUGGAGGACGGUUCGCCGGGCCCAGAUACCCAAAACUGUGGAGAGUCUGAUUCUGGUGCCAGGAAGGCUGGGUCUGAGCCCGCUGGCAGCCCUGACAGCAGGGGAGAGCGUGUACUUGUUGAAUCCUCGGGAGGAGGAGCUCCAGACGCUCCACUCGGUCUACGGACACCCCGUCACCUGCCUGGACGCCUCCGCCUCCCUGCUGGCGUUCGGGGUGAAGCGUACGGGGUGGGCCAUGCACGACAGCGGCAACAAGAUCCACGUCUACAGCCUGGAGACGAGCAAACCGGCCGCCUGCGUGGGCAACUCGCCGGGAGACUACACGUGCAUCAACCUGAGAGACGCCCCCCCUCAUCUGCUGGUGUGUGGAAACAAAGACAGGAGGGUGAGGGUGUUCGACCUGAGAACCGGCUCCUCCGUGGUGUCCCUGUACGCCCACCACCUGGGGGUCACCGCCGUGCAGGCGGACGAGUGGAAGAUCGUGAGCGGGGGAGGAGAGGGGCUGGUGUGCGUGUGGGAGAUGAGGAUGAAUGCAAAGCUGUGGGAGAUGCACAACAGGCAUCCCGUGAGGCACGUGCGCUUCAACACCAGCACGCUGCUGACGGCCAACAUUCCCGAUGACAAGUCGCCGCGGGGGGCCUGCAUCACAGACGACGAUCUCACAGCUCACCGGAGACACCGAGGGGUCAUCUGCCACUACGACUUCUCGGAGGACGCUCUGACUCAGGACCACGUCCUGCCCAUCUGCAGGUCCGACUACGUGGACUCGUCCGGAUACAACUACAACAUCGGCCUGACCGUGCCCUACGACCGGCUGACCGGCUCCCAUCCCUCUCACUGA